CCAAAUUGUGGAGAAUAUUUUACUUGGCCACGAGCCCACGAGUUAAUGCACUACUUAAAAAUCAAAAAGCAAAGGAAGAAUGGCUCUAAAGGUUGACAUGGAAAAAGCCUAUGACAGAGUCGAGUGGCCAUUUAUACUUGCGAUUUUGAAAAAGUUAGGUUUUAACUCGGUCUGGUGUGACUGGGUGAUGGAGUGCCUUCGGUCAGCUUCUUUCUUGGUGCUUAUGAAAGGGACACCCUCGGGUUUCUUUGCCCCGACUCGGGGCCUGAGACAGGUUGAUCCGCUGUCCCCUCUGUUGUUUGUGCUUUGCAUUGAGGGGUUUGCGGCUCUUCUUCGACAGACCAUCUCGGUGGAGAAGUUGAAAGGGGUAAAAGUGGCUCUUAGGGCGCCUCGAAUUUCGCAUCUAUUUUUUACGGACGACUCUUAUUUAUUCCUCAUAGGCUCCUUGCAGGAGUGUGAGAACCUAAUAGAGGUUUUGAACACUUACAAGGAGCUUAGUGGACAGAGGGUAAAUCUAGCAAAAUCAGCGGUGUGCUUUAGCAAGAAUGUUUCGGGGCCUGAUCGGGAAUUUCUAAGAGAGAUUUUGGGAGUGGGAGCAGUGGGGGUGCAUGAUAAGUAUCUGGGGAUAUCAUCGUUGAUUGCUCGCUCUAAGAUGGCCACGUUCCGUUUUCUAGAGGAAAAACUGCUUAGUCGACUUCAGGGGUGGAAGCAACGGACCUUGUCAUGGGCAACUAAGGAAACAUUGAUCAAAUCAGUGGCCUUAGCUUUGCCAUUGCAUGUGAUGUCCUAUUUUAAGCUACCUCUCUCUUUGUGCCAGCUUUUGGAUAGACAUGUGGCACAGUUUUGGUGGGGGUGGAAGGGGGUCGUUCUAAAAUUCAAUGGAUGUCUUGGCACCAAAUGUGCACUAGUAAGCAUGAUGGUGGCAUGGGGUUCCGCCGCUUUGAGCACUUUAAUCAAGCUUUGUUGGCAAAGAUUGGGUGGAAAAUUCUGAAUGAUCCCCAGUCGUUGUUGGCUCAAAUUUAUAAGGGGAAGUAUUUCUCUCGCGGGUCUUUCUUAACUGCUACAGCCAGGUCGAGACCUUCGUGGGGAUGACAGAGUAUUCUGUUUGCCCGUGAUUUGCUGGUUCGCGGACUGCGUUGGCAAAUUGGUAAUGGUCGGUCUGCCUCCCUCCUCUCCUCCAGCUGGAUCCCUCUCAUUUACCCAAAUUCACCGACUUAUAAUCCUCAAGUCCUGUCGGAUGGGGGUGAUCCUAAGGUGGAUACGAUGAUGUGUCAGGGGGGAGGGUAAGUGGUGUGAUAAGAGGCUUAGUCAGUGGUUUGAUCCUGAAGUAUGUCGGGCCAUUAAGGCAAUUCCUCUCCCUCGUGAGGAUAUAGAGGAUAGACUCAUUUGGCAUGAGACUACGGAUGGGAAGUUCACAGUUAAGUCGGCUUAUCACCUAGCGGUCUUGUUUGAUAAGCAGGGUGGCAGGUGGCGAUCUAGUGUUAGCUGGAUGGACAAGCCUAGUUGGAUCCGUGUGUGGACUGCUAAUAUUCCUCCUAAGCUCAAAGUGUUCUUAUGGCAGGUCCUUCAGCGGCUUUUACCCACGACAGAGGCCUUGAUUAAGAAAGGUAUUCAGGUGGCGCCGCGGUGUCCGGUGUGUUGGGCGGAAAAAGAGACGAUGGAGCAUCUUUUCCUUGACUGCCAUGUAGCCAGGGCGCUUUGGAUCUGUCGAGCCUUGAGCAUCUUGGUCAAGGGUUGCCUCGGCAUAAUUUUCCUCUCUUCUUGAAGAAGCUUUUGUCCGUUUUACAUCAGUCCCAUUUGCUUAUGGUUGUUGUGGCGGUCCUCUGGCGGAUCUGGCGUUCCCGAAAUUGUGUUGUCUUUGAAGGAAAACAGUUUGGGAUUCCUGUCCUCAUCCGUCAGUUUCAUCAACAGUAUCAGGAAUGGGUACGCCUCCCUGUCGAUCUGGGUCUGCGUUCUGCCCCGCCUCUUGCCGUGUCAGGUAAUGCCGAACUGUCGCAUUCCAUUACUUGUAUGUGAGAUGGGGCAACGAGCUCGGGGUCUCACUCGGCUAGUGGAAUUGUGAUAAAAGACUUCACUGGUCAUGUCUUGCUGGUUCGAGGGGUGCAGUUUCCUGGGAUGGAUGACCCGAUGGUAGCAGAGUUGUUGGUCCUACGGGAGGCGGUGUGCUGGUGCCUAGAAUUGGGGUUUCAGGAGACUUGUUUCCAAGGUGAUGCCCAAGUCCUUAUUGAUAAAAUCAAUUGGCGAGAUGCUCAGGAUAGUCGGGUUGGGUCUGUUCUUGAGGAACUCAUUCGGGUGUUCAGGGUUCAUACUGCGCUUAAUGUUCACUUUGUAGGUCGGAGUAGCAAUAGGGUAACCCAUUUGGUGGCUAGAAAGGCCCUUUCUUUGUACCCGACUACAUGUCGAUGUUUUGAUUUCCAAGCCUGGAUGUUGUCUUGAAUGUAAUUAUCUGUUUUCAAUCAAUAUAUAUGAUUAUCUUUUGUAAAAAAAAUUAUUCAUAAUUAAUGUUUUUUAAAAAAUUUAUUAAUUAUAUGUAUUACCUAAAUAUAUCAUCUGAAAUUCUAAUUUUCAAACAACUCGUAAGUGGCAUGACACAGAUGCCAACUUUGGGCCAACAUUGAGCUUGAUAGAAAGAAUUAUAAAAUCAUAACAGUUGUCGUACCGGAAAAGUCAGUAGUAGAUUUUAUAUUGAAGUCGUAGUUCGACCUUUUUUUAUAUUGCUUACCAAUUUAGACUCCAAUAAGACGGAAAAAUUUAU